GGGAAGCGUCGUUUUUUUCGUCGGCAAAUGUCAAACCACCGCGAUUUUCAGAGGAUGCGUCUUGCUUUAACACAAGCGAGAAGAGCACUUCAACUAGGUGAAGUUCCAAUCGGCUGCAUCAUAUUCUCUGAAAAUGGAGAAGUUUUAGCAAGAAGCGGGAAUCGUUGUAACGAGCUUAUAAAUAGUACCCGACAUGCAGAACUUGAGGCACUUCAAGUGUCAAGGCUGUUGUUGGGUGAUGCAUUCCACAGUGAAAUUCAAAAAGCAGAGUUGUUUGUAACUUGUGAACCCUGCAUUAUGUGUGCUGGUGCUCUACUGACUGUGGGAAUAAAAAGAGUCGUUUUUGGUUGUAGAAACGAUCGUUUUGGAGGGUGUGGUUCCGUCCUGGAGUUGAACGAUGGAAGUUGUGGUCUUCCAGAAGGAGGAAAACCUUUCGAUUGUAUUGGAGGAAUACUUGAAGAAGAGUCUGUAGCUUUACUGCGCCAAUUCUAUGAAGGUCCUAAUCCAAACGCGCCUAGACCAAAGAAGAAAAAUAGGAACAACAAACAAACUUCUCUCGAACCGUCUUUUGCUGCAGAAAUUUCCUAGCAAAUACUUGAAAUUUUUGUUCUCUUUGUUAUUGAUAGGAUCCUACUAUUGUUCCCUUUUUGGUUGGUUUCUCCACGUCUCAAACUGGGAGCAUGAUAUAUUUUCUUCAUUUACUAUACCUCUCGAAAUUUGUCGAAUAUAUAUAUGAAAUUUUAUGCCAUCCUGCUUGUUUGAAAGUUCUUC